GAGGCGGAGCGGGGCGGCGAGGGAGGAGCGGCCAGCGAGGGAUGCGGAGAUGCGGAAAUGUCCCAGGGGGAACCUCAGGGGGCCACCAUGUCCCAGGCCACCACCUGCCUCAAGCAGCAGAGGGAUGGCGGGGAGAGCCCCCCAGCACUGCCACCACCACCGGGAUCCCCGCACAUUUUCCCUCCGGAGACGCUGUUCCGACAGGCAGGUGGGGUCACCUACCGCAUCCCGGCUCUGCUCUACGUGCCCCCGGAUGAUUCCUUCCUGGCCUUUGCCGAGAAGCGCUCCUCGGCGCGGGACGAGGAUGCCAAGUACCUGGUGCUGCGGCGGGGCCGCCGGCACGGCUGCUCGGUCAAGUGGGGUCCCGUGGAGGAGCUGUCGGCGCUGGCGCUGCCCCGCCACCGCACCAUGAACCCGUGUCCUCUGUUCGACGCCCGGAGCGGCACCGUGUUCCUCUUCUGCAUCUGCGUGGAGCAGGGCAAGACGGAGCGGUGCCAGAUCUGGCGCGGGUGCAGCGCGGCGCGGCUCUGCUUCGCCUCCAGCGCCGACGGCGGCCGCGGCUGGAGCGCGCUGCGCGACGUGACGGGCGAGGCCAUCGGCGCCGACCUGGCCCGCUGGGCCACCUUCGCCGUGGGGCCGGGCCACGGCGUGCAGCUGCGCUCGGGGCGCCUCGUGGUGCCCGCCUACGCCUACUACGUGCACGGGGCGCUGCGGCUGCCCUGCUUCACCCGGCAGCAUUCCCUCGUCUUCUACAGCGACGACGGCGGGCGCCGCUGGCACAAGGGCGCGCCGCUGGGCGGGCAGCGCACGGGCGAGUGCCAGGUGGCCGAGAUCCCGGGCGGGCAGCGCCCGCUGCUCUACUGCAGCGCCCGGGCGCCGCGGGGCUGCCGCGCCGUGGCGCUCAGCGCGGACCAGGGGCUGCGCUUCCAGCGGCCGGCGCCGUGCCCGGCGCUGGGCGAGCCCCCGCGGGGCUGCCAGGGCAGCGUGCUCAGCUUCGCCGCCGCCGGGGCGCGCACCUGGCUGCUCUACUCGCACCCCACCGACCGGCGCGGCCGGCGCGACCUCGGGCUCUACGUGAACCCCUCUCCGCUGGACGGGGCGGGCUGGCGGCGGCCCUGGGUGCUGCAUGCGGGCCCGGCCGGCUACUCCGACCUGGCCGCCUGCCCCGGCCUCGGCGUCUUCGGCUGCUUGUUCGAGUGCGGCGCCAGCAGCGCCUGCGAGGAGAUCGCCUUCUGCCUCUUCACCCUGGACCUCUCUGGCGAUCGGGACCUCAAGGCUGACUAACACAGACAGUGCACUCACUACUGAGCGUGGCAGCGCCGAGACCUCGCCAGGAUGUUUCAGAGGCUCGGCGUCAUGUUCCUUUUAUUUAAUUAUGGCUUUUUAAUCACCCGUCAGAUGCUGUCGGGCGCCUGCGGCAGUGGAGAUGUGCUGGCUUGGCCAAGGGGGAUGCCAGCACAGCAUAGGAAAUGCUGCUGCUGCUUCUCCAAAAAUCAGCAUUUUUCACCUGGUGGCAGCUGAAAAGCAGAAGGUGCCAGCCAGGCCAGCUGAUUCUACGAGGAAAAAGUACCCAAAAGUCUUGGUUCUGUUAAAAAUGUUCCUGUUCCUGUGUUCCUGCAGGUGGCAGAGGAUUCCCAGUUUUUACCAUUUUUUAUCCUGUUUUCUUCAUUUGCCUGCUUUAGACUGAGUUUCUCCCUGCCUCCUGGGGAAAAGAACACUAAUUUGGGGGGGAGGGAACUGUUGGGGGGUGUUUCAUUCUGCUCCAUAGGGAACAGGUUGUCGCAUCCCGGCAGUGACACUGACCUCACAUUCCCGUGCUGAUGUAAAAUAAAAUUCUCCCAAAACACA